UCGCGAACGUUGGCGGGAAGUCGGUACGUCUAAAUAAAGAGUUCAGGUUAUGUUAUAUUGUUUCAAUUGAGCAUUUUAUGCGAAUAUAUAUAGCCGUAAAAAUGGAUAAAAGUGACGAAAAUGGGAUAGAAAAGGAUAAUCAAGAAAAGGAGGAAGAUUCGCAGGAAGAUACAGUUGAUGUCAUUACGUGCAAGGAGGAUUUAAAUCCGUUUUUCGUGCAGAGCGACCACAGCAUCAAUAAGGUUCAUUUUUCGGAGGUUCCACAAAUCUGUAGGGACGAGCCGUGCCAGCUUGGGGUGGACGAAGCAGGUCGCGGUCCGGUUUUAGGUCCGAUGGUUUACGGGAUCUCGUAUGCUCCGCUGUCGCGGAAGCAGUUACUCGUCGAUCUAGGCUGCGCCGAUUCUAAAAGUCUAACGGAAAAGAAGCGCGAUGAGAUAUUCGAUGACAUCUGCAAGCAUAAGGACAGUAUAGGCUGGGCAAUCGAGGCGAUAUCGCCGAACGUUAUCGCCAACAGCAUGUAUCGUCGUACCAAGGUCUCGCUCAACGAGGUCUCAAUGAUCUCAGCCACCAAAUUGAUACAGGGGGCGAUUGAAGCCGGGGUAAACGUUGCCGAGAUUUACGUGGAUACUGUCGGUAAACCAGAGUCUUAUCAGGCGCGACUGAAGGGCGUAUUUCCCGGCGUGAAGAUAGUUGUGGCGAAAAAAGCGGACGCAACUUAUCCAAUUGUCAGCGCGGCCAGUAUAUGUGCCAAGGUAUCGCGAGAUCACGCGUUACGAGUGUGGCGAUUUCGCGAGGGUGACUGUAUCGAGACGGAAUUUGGUAGCGGUUAUCCCACCGAUCCGGUGACUAAAAAAUGGCUCUCCGCGAACGUGGACGGGAUAUUCGGUUUUCCGCAGCUCGUUCGAUUUAGUUGGUCCACCGCUGAGCAGAUUCUCGAAUCGAAAGCGUUGACAGUAGAAUGGGAAGAAACAGAGGAAACAGAGACGCCCAACGAGCAGAAAAUUUCGAAAUUUUUCGCCAAGUCUCCGGCUAAAUUGCCUAACGUUCAUACGAAAAAACACCCUUUUUUUACGGAACGCUGUCUUUCUAAUGCAAGUAUUUUAUAAUACACGUUUUAUGUUGAAAUUCUUCCCAUUAUAGCCAUACAAUUGCGUUUUAAAGAUACGAUUAAGGAAAGAAAAAAUUGUUAGGAAUCAUAUUUUACAGACAUAUACACUUUAAUAUAUUUAUAACUUUUUUUAUAUAUAAUUAAUCGGGACACAUAUGAGACAUUUGGAAUAAAAGUGAAUUGGAUAAAUGUAUUUUAUUCUGAACAUCUUCUAUCGAAGAUAUUAAAUAUUCAGUAUUGCUCUCUCGAUGUUUUUCAUUAAGAUUUUAUUUUAGACUGUAUUUUAGAUGUACAAUAUAUUUUCGGGAGAGGUUUAUGCGAUUUACUAAAAAAUAAUACUUUUCACACAGGUUAAAAUUUAAAUGUCUUUUUUUUUGUAAAUUGAUUUUGUAAAUUUUGUAAAUAUUUCACAUCGCGCAUUUCACUUUUAGAAUGUUAAAUUAAAGACAAGUAUACCCUCCGGCUUACAAUUUCUAUAUAAUAUAUAUACAUAUUUACAAGAGUGUGCUCUUACAGCUACCAUAAAGAUAAAGAAUGUGGCAGUUUUAUUCUUACGAAAUUUCUCUCUACCGUGCCACCGUGAUAUAAUUAACAAUUAGGAAUGCUUAGCGUGAAAAAUCCGAAAAAUCUUUGGUAAACGCACGCUACAAGUCACACAUGUCGUACAAUUAUUUCUAGGACAUUAUCUCGUUAACGCACGAUUAAUAGCGACUAGAUCGUUAAGGGCUACGGAUGGUAGCGAACAGAAACGACGAUUUGUUUGCGCCGCGUCUCACUGCCUCUUCUCGGUAUGUAUGCACUAGGCCGAUUCGUGUUUAUUUUAUUGAUUUAUACGGGUACACACGCGCGAGAGUGGCGUGUAACUACAUCGCGUCGCCCUCGUUUUCUUAACUAAACACCACGCCGUCCAGAAUGCCGUGUACGACAUACACUGAUAAUUAAUCUUAUAAUAAAACAUCAAACAUUUUGUAGAUAUUUUUUUAAUUAACAUUUUAAAUAAAUCUUUAACAAAUAUUUAAUAAAUAUUAAACAGAAUCAGCUCGAAAGUAACGAAUAAAAUAUUUUAAAAUAUCGUGAAUUAUAGCCCAAUCAUUUUGAGGAUCUGCGGGAAGAAUUUUUCGAAUAUAUUAUAUUUAAAUUGUUAUUAUAUUACAUUAUUGCAAAUCAAAUCAAAGUGCACUUGUACUUUAUUGUCUCUAUAAUUCGGACGCGGGGCAGUUAAUGAAAAUUCGAUAAAAUGCAGAUUUAUCACGGUCUCGGUUUGCACUGUAGAUACGUGCUAGUCGCACAACGAAUAUUCAGACGGGGUGCAUGUGUAAUGUGCGUGUGCAUACGAAGAAAUCGAUUUAUGCACUUUACGCACGAGUCACCGCAAGCCAUGUAAAGAGUCGCGACUCUGAAGUUUCAUGAUAAAUGACCGAUUGUGACGUGCGUAGCCUUUCGAUGAAUAUACACCGAGAAUGUUCGUCAUUUCUUUCGCGCACUACACGAGAAAUAUGUAAUUUACAUAACGCGAAAAUUAAACGACCAAGUCGCCGCAA